UGGUGGUUGGUGGCGACGACAGCCAGCAGGUCUGCGUGCUCGCACCUCAUCCCAACGAAGCCGGGAUGGCAUCUGGAACAUGAAGGGAAGCAAGGAUGGAUCAGAAUGACUUGAGGAUCAGUCAUAGACGUGGAGAAUGGGUGGUGAUUUAUUCAUGGAGCUCUCUUGAACCGGCAGCACGGCAAGCAGGGGGGUGACGUCACUGCAGCCAAUCAGGAGAGAGCUGCCUCCACUACCUGAUGGGCUCAAGUCUGCGGGUUUGUAGCUGGACUUGCCAGAACUCUCCUGGUUGAACUAACUUGAAGAUGUCACAGGCUGGGCCACAAAAGAGCAGCUCUUUGACGCUGGUGCUGAUGGUUGCCUCUGCAGCCAUUGGAGGGACGCUUCAGUAUGGAUAUAACCUAGCCAUCAUGAAUGCACCCACUACUUUCAUACAGACCUUCAUCAACGAGACCUUUGUGGAGCGCUUUGCUGUCCAGCUGCAGGACUACCAGGUGACUCUGAUCUGGACCAUCAUCGUCUCCAUCUUCUCGUUAGGCGGCUUAGCGGGGGCUCUCAUCGCCGGACCCAUGUCUAUUCGCUUUGGGAGGAAAAAAUGUCUGCUGCUCAACAAUAUUUUCCUUCUAAGCGGCGCCCUCUUGGCUUUGACGAGUCGAGCUGCUGGGUCUUUUGAGAUGAUCAUACUAUCACGUGUCCUUAUUGGAAUAAAUGCAGGGAUCAGCAUGAACGUGCAACCAAUGUAUUUUGGCGAAAGCGCCCCAAAGCACCUUAGAGGGGCCGUGUCCUUGUCCUCCGCUGUUUUUACAGCCUUUGGAGUCGUGCUGGGACAAGUGGUGGGACUCAGGGAGAUUCUGGGCAGUGAGCCGUGUUGGCAGUAUCUCCUUGCUAGUAAUGCCAUCCCCGGGUUCAUUCAGCUCCUGACCCUGCCGUGGUUUCCAGAAAGCCCCAGAUACUUACUCAUAGACAGGGGGGACAAGGAGGCCUGCAUUAGAGCUCUGCGGCGACUGCGUGGCUGCGACGUCCAGAGCAGCGAGCUGGCCGAGAUCCUGGAAGAACAAGCCGAAACCAAGGGCAUGAGGCCCAGCCGUCCGUGGGAGCUCUUCGGCGACCGCGCCGUGCGAUGGCAGCUCAUCUCCGUCAUGGUCAUCAGCAGCGCCAUGCAGCUGUGCGGCAACGACUCGAUCUACUUCUACGCGUCGUACGUCUUUAAAGAGGCUGGGAUAUCCGAUGACCAAAUCCAGUACAUCACAGUCGGCACGGGCACGUGUGAGUUCACAGCCUGCAUCUUGUGUAACCUGCUGAUCGAACGUAAAGGUCGAAAGUUCCUGUUGAUGGGAGGCUUCAUCCUCAUGACCCUGUGGGCGGUGGUCUUCACCAUCGCUUUGUCUUUCGAGCACCUCAUAUCCUGGAUGCCUUACCUGAGCAUGACCUGCAUCUUCACCUACAUCCUCAGCUUCGGCAUGGGUCCAGCCGGUGUGACGGGAGUUCUUCCCACUGAGGUCUUCAAUCAAACGGCUCGGCCGGCGGCUUACAUGAUCGCCGGCUCCAUGAUGUGGAUCAACCUCUUCAUUGUUGGGAUGAUCUUCCCAUUUCUAGUGAGUGAGAUGCGCCAAUAUUGUUUUGUGCCUUUCGGUGCCGUGUGUUUGCUGUCUGCGCUGUAUGUCGGCCUUUUUCUGCCGGAGACCAAGGGCAAGUCUUUAUCGGCCAUCACCAGUGAGUUCCACAAGCUCAACUUCAAAAACCAGGAGAGAAAGUGCAAAGGUCAAAGUCAGUAUCUGGCGGGCCAAGUGCAUGCUUCCACAGCCUUGUAGAAACCUUCCAGCUUCUUCGCCACUCGGUGGAGCUGAUGAAAAGAACCCAAUAUUGCAUCAUGUAUUAUAUGCUAACGUCAAGGCGUGUGUGUAAAUGGGAAGUCAAUCAUCUUUCAUACAAAGUAUGUGGGGGAGGAUUCGUUUCUAUGUACAAGAGUUAAAUAUUUCUUUAUUUAUAUCAUGUAUUCAUUGUUUGCC